AUGAACCAGCCGAACUCAGACCGCGUCCACAAGCGAGCCCGCACAGAACGUGCAGAACCCCGCAAUUUGGGAGAGGCAGCUGAAGCUGAACAAGAGUCUUUUCCGCCUCCGCGCCGUGCCCCUCGCACCGUGGAGGAGACAGCUGCUCUUAUUGGAAAUGUUCGAGAGAUAUCCAAUCCACGCUGUCAGAGACUGUGCACCCACUUUCUGAAGAACGACUGCCUCUGGGGCGAUCAAUGUCGCUUCUCUCACGACGCCAAGGCGCUCCGGGCUGGAGCACCUCCAACCGAGGAGAUGAACUUCUCAAAUCUCGAGGUGAACCAGGUCAGCAGCUUGGUGGAGAUCCCAAGGGGUCAGCUGCGGUCCUUCAUGACAGAAAGCACAAGGCGCAUACUUGCUGAAUCAGCAGGCAUCACAGAGCUGGAGUGGGAUGCAGAACUCUCGCAGGCGACGCUCUCUGGCACUCCAGCCCAGGUUGAGAAGGCUGAAGAGCUCCUUCGACGAGCGAUCACACAUUGCAAGUGGGGAGUCAACGAGGCAAAGGUGCAAGGCCUUCUGGCGCAGGAGCCCUGCACUUCCGCCAAGCUGGUGCUUUCUCCGAUGGUGCCGGGCCUGAGGCAGGGCUCCUUCAACUUGGGUGGCGACAAGCUGCAUGUUGUGCUAGGAUCUGAUGCCUCCAGUGAUCUGAUCAUCAGAGGAGCCGCUCUUUCAAGGACCCACGCGCGCUUCGAGCUAGUGCCAAGCCGCGGCGCUUUGUACAUCGUCGACCUGUCUACGAACGGCACUUUUCUAAACGGGGUCCGUCUGCCCGGGAAAGCGAGCGGAAAGGUGGCUUGCUUUCAUGGUGACGAACUAGCCUUCCCGGAGUCAACGGCCGUCGCAAAGCUCGGUGAGUAUGGCUACAUGCUCAACAUCCAGUUCUUCAGAACCUAG